UGGUGUCCCAUUUCACAAUUUAAGCUACUUACUGACGUUAUAUGUCGGUGUCUCUUUGUUGAGAGGACAUUUCUAUGCAAUUUUGACAGGAUGACGGAAAAAGCAGCGCCGCCCAUGCUUUUGCUUCACCCAUCCAGGGGACUAAUCGAUGAAAAGUUCAGUUUAAUCGUCCAAAAUUUGUCACAAAUUCAAGAUAUCACCUUGCACGCGCUGAUCCACUCAGAUGAUGGCGACUACUGGGAAGCCUUUGGCCACUAUGUUAGUGAUGCUACAGGAUUUGUAAAUGUUGCCAAUGAUCCUAGUUUAGGAGGGACAUAUGAUGGCGUGGAACCCAUGGGACUGUUGUGGAGCAUGAGACCAGUACCUGGCAGUAGAAUUGGACUCAGGUUGAGGAAGAAGGAGGUCCACACUCCCAUGGUAGUGCACAUCUCUGUGUACAGGGGACACAUGAGUCAGGGUUUCAGAGAGCAGGUGGCCCUGGCGAGUGUCGUCACAGAGCGCUGGUACAUGGCCCCAGGAGUCCGCAGGGUCGACAUCACAGAGGGAGGGAUCACAGGGACCCUAUUCCUGCCACCAGGACCCGGGCCCUUCCCUGCCCUGUUGGACCUGUGGGGUGGAGGUGGCGGUCUGGUGGAGAAUCGCUCUGCCCUCCUGUCUUCGCAUGGCUUUGUCUCUCUGGCCCUGGAGUACAUGACACCCCGGACCUCUGGGGGCUCAACCUCUCAUGUGGGGAACGAAUACUUUGAGGCUGCGUUCACUGUUCUAAAACAGCACCCUCAGGUGUGUGGGGACAGUAUAGCGAUACUGGGCCUGUCCUUUGGGACCUCAGUGGCUUUGGGGAUGGCUGUGUACUCCACUGUGAUUCAGCCCAGGUGUUUGGUAUGUGUGAGUGGCAGUCAUGUCCAGCCGGUGAAAGGCUCACUCUCUGAUGUCUUCGGCGAGAUUAAUAAAAACGUCCGUAACACUCGCUAUGAUGAGGAGAAUCGAGUGAUCUGGCGGGAUCUGCUCCUACCCAUUCCAACUGAUCCAACCAAGAAAGUGGAUGUGGGGCAGCUGAAAUGUCCUGUUCUAAUGAUUGUGGGUGAGGAUGACCAAAACUGGCCUGCCACUGAGUCAGCAGAGGACAUGAAGCAGAUGAUGGAGAAAGCAGGAAACAGUCAUCUGCUGACCACUCUGUCCUACCCUGGAGCUGGUCACCUGAUUGAACCUCCGUAUAGUCCUCAUAUCCGUGCCAGCAACUUCAUGGUGGCUGGGACAAAACAAAAGUUGGUGGUUCUUUGGGGAGGAGAGACAGCACCACACGGUCACGCAGAGGAAGACUCCUGGAAGAAGAUCCUUUCUUUUCUGGAGGAGCACCUAUAUAGAAGCACAGCUGUGACCUCACAGUCAAAUCUGUGACCAGGCCAGAGACACAGACAUAUUAUUACAUUUUUUGUAAUUAUGACUUAUCUUAAUUCUCACCAGAGAUGUGAUGAAAAAAUAAUUAUGUUGACAAGUGUGCAUGGGAUUAAACCACAUAAAUCAA